UCGCUGCUGGUGAGUGAAGGGGGAAUCCCUUCCUCCAAGCCCCCUCCCCCAAGCGACACGGCUGGAGCUGGUGUGAGGGAAGCAGAGUGGGCUGCUCCCGGCCUCCCACUAAUCCUCUGGGCCACUCUGGGACUGCAGGGUCCCCAAAAGUGCCCUCCCCCAGCUCCUGCCUCCCAGACCCUGGGGGGGGAGCCCCUGACCGCCCCCGAGACCCUCUGCUCCUUAUCCAACCCCUCAGCCCCGGACUGGCCCAGCACCCUUAACAAGCUGCUCAGAGCAGCGUGUCAGAGCUUUACCAUGUUGUAUGCGAACCCGCCUUAUAUCGGGUUGCGUUAUAUCGGGGUAGAGGUGUAUUGUUUCCUUGUACUCCCGCAUCUGUCCAUCUCCAUCAGUUGUCUCUUGUCUUUUACUUAGACUGUUAGCCCCUUGGGGCAGGGACUGUUUUUUGUUUUCUGCUUGUACAGCACGUAGCGCAGUGGGGUGUUGGUCCAUGACAGGGGUUCCCAGGCACUAUAAUAAUACAAAUAAUAAUAAAGGGUGGAGAAUGAAGAGAAGAGAAGUUGCUACAUGGAUGAAGAACAAACUAAAGAACCUCUAGCUCUUUUGUUCUGUCCAUGUCUCUCUUGCCCUUUGCUGUUCUACCCAAUUAUGCAAAUAACUAAUAAAAAAUAACAAGUUAUACCAGUGGUCCCCAAGGCGGUGCCCGCGAGCGCCGAGGUGUCCGUGAGCACCAUGGCGCCCACCGGGACAUUUAUGUGCUCCCACCUAGUGCCCAGCAGGGGAGAGAAGCUGCGUCCCUGCGCCUGCAGGGGACAGAGAACUUCGGGGCUGCAGGCUGCAGGCGCCGGUGUUCUUGGUCCCUGGCAGGCGUGGGCCGUGGCUUAAGCCAGAGAGAAGCCAGGGCCCUGCGCCUGCUGGGGACGGAGAACUCCAGGGCUGCAGGUGCCAGUGUUCUCUGUCCUCACGGCUUCUCUCCAGCUUCUCUCUUCUCUCUGGAUUCUUAUAUUAUGUAAUAUUAAAUAUUAUGUUUUUCGUAUUAUUUAAUGUACAAAUACAAAACAAGCCUUAAAAAAUUGUUGGCGCCCGCCACGCUCUUCUGAAAACAUGAAUGUGCUACUGGCCACAAAAAGGUUGGGGACCACUUAGUUAUACCAUGAGAUGGUUUCUGGUAGCAAGCUAUAUUUUAGGAUGAGUUAUGGGCAAAGAUUCUCCCAACCCUGCUGCUCAUUAGGCAGUAAGAUGAUGGGAAGGGAAAGUUACUCAGGACCCAGGUUUCUGAUUCUCAUUUAUACUACUUAUAAUAUUACCCUAUAGCAAAUAAGUUUAAAAAAUUCACAAUAAUACACUUGUAGCUUUUAAAUUACCCAAAGUGAAUCCAUGCAGAUUAGCUCUCUCACUGCCUGCUCUACAUCAAUAAGAAACACUUGCACAGAGUAGUGAGGCCUAGCUCCUUAAAGUUAUUUAGACUCCUAACUUUGAUUGAAAGCAAUGAGUAUUAAGUGCCUUAAGACCUCUGUAGAUCUGGACCAAACUGCUCACAGGAGAGUUCAUCUUGAACUACUAAGAAAUUAACCAAAGGGGUCAAUUGCAAUCAUAUGUGUACAAUUAUUCACUUUCCCAAGAACCCCUGUAUGUUGUCCCACAUACAUUCUAUCCUCAUUGGUCACAGCAGAGAGUACUUCUUUCUCACAGGUUUGCUGAACUGUCAGUCUUCAGCUCCUGACCACCUUCCUCCCCAAAGACAUCACCACAGGUACAUAAAAGCUGUAUCUGACUCCGCUAUGUCUUCUGAGAAGCAAAUAAAUGAUUCUUCCUUAGAGAACCAGGAGCAACAGAAUCUCUUGAGGCGGGUGGCCAGUCUGCCCUUGGUCAGCUCUGCCUAUGACAUGGCUGCAACUGCCUACACCUCCACCAAGGAGAGCCACCCCUAUCUAAAGUCCUUGUGUGAUGUGGCAGAGAAAGGCGUGAAGACCAUUAGUGAGGCUGCAGCCAGCAGGGCACAGCCAAUUCUGACUUCAUUUGAACCACAGAUUGCAACAGCAAAUGAAUAUGCUAUUAAGGGACUGGACACACUGGAAGAGAAGCUGCCAAGCCUUCAAAUUACAGCAGAUAAGGUUGCUUCAGACCCCAAGGAGCUGGUGCCAUCCAAACUGGAAGCUGCCAGCAGAUUCUCCAGCUUAGUAGAUGUGACCAGAGAAGCUGUGCAAGAGAGUAUGGAGUCCACCAAGUCAGUUAUGACCCACAGUGUGAACACAGUCAUGGGUUCAAGAAUGGGCCAGAUGGCUGCAAGUGGUGUGGAAGCAGUGCUGGAGAAAUCGGAGGAGCUGUUAGAUCAAUAUCUCCCCAUAACAGAUGAGGAACUAGCUGAACUUGCAACAUCUAUAAAGGCGGAUGGAGUGGCUCCUCUCCAGCCUCAAAGUUACUUUGUGCGCUUAGGCUCCCUGUCAAGCAAACUCCGCCACCGUGCCUACCAGCAUUCUCUAGCCAAGAUUAAAAAUACCAGGCAGAGUAUCCAAGAGACUCUCUCCCAGCUUCAUCAAACCAUUGAUCUGAUCGAAUACAUGAAGCAAGGAGUGGAUCAGAAGCUUCAAGAUGGCCAAGAGAAGCUCCACCAAAUGUGGCUGGACUGGAGCAAGAGGCAGACAGGAGGGGGUGAGGACCCAGACUUGGUACAACCUGAGCAACUGGAGUCUCAUGCUCUGACAAUGUUUCAGAGCAUUAUUCAGCAGCUGCAGGCAACCUGCCUGACCCUAAUGUCAAGCAUCCAAGGCUUCCCCUCCAACAUCCAGGAUAAGGUGCAGCAGGUUCGCCACAGCACAAAAGAGCUCCAGGCUUCAUUCUCCACGGUCCACUCCUUCCAAGACCUCUCUAGCAGAAUCCUGACCCAGAGCCGCAAACAGGUCACCAAAGCCCAGGGGUACAUGGAUGAGCUGCUAGAAUACAUAGUGCACAACACUCCUCUGUCCUGGCUAGUGGGACCCUUCAUGCUGUCUGGUAAAUUACCAGAUGAAGCCAUGGAACCAUCAGAAUGAAGGUGGGGAAGACUAAAUAGCUUCUGUAAUCAGCUCUGUCAAACUUACUGUAGCUCACUGGUAAAGGACCAAAUUUUUCUUACACUUUUAUAGUGAUUAACAAAUAAGGUCUGAAAGCUUAAACCUUUGUGCAGCCACCUCCUGACAUUAGAUUGAAUUGUUUUUUCUUGUAGGAAAUGAAGCUGCUUGCAGCUCCUGGUUCAAACAUUCUUCACCACAAUCCUGGAGAGGCACUUCCUCCCCUGGAUAGCAUGGGGUAGAACUCAAUCUCACAUCUUGCAUGGGCUGCAUGCUACCUGGGGCUGAGCUAAGAUAAAAACAAUGGUGGGUUGUUUGUGGGGGGUUUUUUUUUUUUUUUUUUUUUUUUGCUUUCUAAAUAGCAAUGAUGUCACCAGAAGUAUCUCUCUAAAGUGAGGGUGAAAUAUGAAUGUAAAACAAUACACGAACUGCAUACUAUACUCCAGGAGCUCAACCUACAUCUGGAACACUCCCCACAAUCUUAAAGUGUAGUGGCUAAGAACUAGGUUACUUCUGGUGAAAGCUGUUUUUGCUCUAGUGAAGUAGACUUCUCCAACUUAGAGAAGUUCUUGCUAGAACUCAAGACUUCCUUCUUAAAGCAGGGAGAAAUGGUAAUAAAUACACCUUCAGCUCUAGGUGUCUUAGGCGGAUUGCUGAACAAGUCAUUGACAUAAACCAUGGCCUUUCUAGUGCAUGAAAAUAUAUACUGUUACUCAGAUGACUAACCAUACCACACAGGCUAGUGUACUGGUGACUACCUUUACACUUGUUUUGGUAACUGACUCAUAUUCCCUUGUAACUUCUCCUCAAACUGCUGUAGUAGAGAACUUUUGUCUCUUGUAAAAUAAACAUAUAUAUUGCA